AUGCAGCCCAAUGCGAUCCCAACUGCGCGCAUGAUCGCGCAUGGUCACACGGAGCUGAGAGCUGACUUGCACUGCGCACGGUUCCUGCUCGCCCUGUGUUUUUUUUUUUGGUGUUUCCCCGCGAGCGAAUUACGCCUUCUUGGUGGGGAAGGCCCGGGUGAGGAGGCUGCGUGGACUGCAGCGCGCCUCGGCGCCUUCCUGCCGCCCAGCUUGGGGGGCCUGGGCUUGUUGGCUGCAGAGCGGGUUGCGCCGGCUGCAUACUGGGCGGCUUGGGCUGAUGCCCUCCCAGUUUUGCGCCAACGCUUCCCCGACGUCGCCCAGCAACUCGUGCGCGCGCUCGAAGGCGAUGCAGUCGCCGCACCGCCCUGCGUGCGGGCAGCGGCGGCGGCUACGGAGCGCUUAGACGCGGCUGGUUGGGAGGAGCGGCCUCACUGGGCGGCAUGUGCCGACGGGGCCCAGGUCCCGGCUACAGACGGUGAGCUCGGGCUCGGUGGCCCUGGCUGGCAGCGACGCGCUGUUCUCGCACUCCACACGUCCUUCCGAGAACGCGAACUGCUCCCGGCCAUGGCGCCCGAUGCGCGAGCCCUCUUUCGCUCUCAGUCUGGGCAACAUGCGGGCAUGUGGCUCGCCGCCAUACCGGCUGACGCAGCUGCGACCCUGGCCCCAGACUUGAUGCACAUUGCCCUCAGGCGACGCCUCCGCCUGCCGCUACCAUUGACCGCCCUGCAUUGUGGAGGCGACGGAGCUCCCGGCUGCCAUGGACAGGCCGAUGCGUUAGGUGACCACUUCGUCGCCUGCCCGCGUACUGGCUUGCUGCCGCGCCGAGGCUUUGUCCUUGAGCGCGCGUGGGUGCAGGUCGCGCGCGAGGCGGUCGGGGCGGAGGGCCGAGUAGUGCCACAGCAGUGGCUGGCCCGGACCACGGCACCUGGCGUUGCGCCUGCGGACCGCCGCCGCUUGGACUUGGUGGUGUACGGGGCCACGCCGGGCGGUGAGGCACUCUGUUGUGACGCGACGCUUGUCUCGCCUCUGACGCGAGCGGGUCGCCCAGUCCCAGGUGCCGACGUGCGAGACGGGGCCGCGUUGGCGGCCGCGCGCCGCCGCAAGCACGCGCGAUAUCCCGAGCUACUGCGGGGAGGUCCGCAACGGCUCGUCGUGCUCGCGGCGGAGGUGGGCGGCAGGUGGGGCGAGGAGUGCCAGCGCUUCGUUCGCCAGCUCCUGCGUCUCCGCGUUCAGAGGGCCCCUGCAACCCUGCGUGCCACGGCGGCCCAGGGGUGGGCUAGGCGAUGGUGGGGCCUGCUCUCGGUCGCCGUGCAGAGGGCAGUUGCUAGCACGGCCCUGGGUGUCUGGACGAUGCCGGCGCUGCCGGGCUCGCCGGACGGGGUCCCCCUCGCUGAUGUCCUUGAGCUCGCCGAUUUCGCGGGGCCCAGCCGCCUGCCGCUUCGGUGA